CUCAUUCAUUUCUCUGCUUCUUACGUUUCAUUCUUCAAAAACGACGUCGCUUCAUAAAUCCCGCUCUCCAUUCAAACUUUAAUUAUAAUCAGCUUCAAAGAAGAAGCAAAUUAAAUUGAAAAGAGAAUGAUGGUUUCAGCUCCAAGCUGCGUAACAUUGCGUGCGAAAAUCUCUCAAUUCUUUUUAAUCUUCAUUACGUUUGGUUACUAAGAAACGAAAAAAGUUUCGUCGUACGAUGCGUUUUGAUCAGUUGAUUUGAGCUCUGAUCAUAGGCGUAUAAUUGAUAGAUGGCUUGGUUCAGCGGGAAAGUUUCGCUGGGAGGCUUCCCGGAUCUGGCUGGGGCCGUGAAUAAGCUUAGUGAGAGCGUGAAGAAUAUUGAAAAGAAUUUUGAUAGUGCGCUUAGAUUUGAGGAGAACGCUGAGAAGUCUGAGUUUAGCAACCGCGAAGCCUCAGGAUUAUGGCCUGUUAUGUCCUUUAUGGGCCAGAAAAGUGAUGAAAGUACCACCAAAUCACCGGGAAAACCUGAAUCUUUAGAGCAACCGCUGAGAGCUGAAGAAAAAGAAGGGGUUGAGACUGAAAGGUUACUGCAUUCAAGCACUGAGCAAACAUCUACUGAAGAAGAAAGGGAUGCACCUAGGGAAGUAGAAGAUAAUGAGCAUACAGGGACAGCUGAGACGGUAGAUGUUGUUACAUCAGACCAUGGUAAAGUUGAAGCUGAAUCACUAACAGUGCCUGUUGAACCUCCUGAAUCAACUAUACAAAAUAUUGAGUCAUCAGAUUCUAUUGACAAUCUGCAUCAGAAAGAGACUUCAGGUCUAGGAAAUUCUGAAGAUGCAGAGUCUGUGGAAGCCAACUCAAGACCUGUUUUAGCAGACCAAGCUAAGGAUGGUACUAUUAUUCUACCUGAUGUAUCAGAAAGUGUUCUUGAUCCACAUGAAAGCCAGGAUGAGGAGAAGAAAGAAGAAAACAAUGAUGAAGAAAAGAAAGAAGAAAGCAAAGAUGAUGAGAAGAAAGAAGAAAAAAAGGAUGAAGAGGAAACACAAGUUGAAGAGGUUGUAGAAAAUCUUUUGCCAGUUGAGGCUGAGGCAUCAAGUGCUGUCCAAGCUGAAGGGUCUGUCAGUGCUGAGGAGACUGAUAGUGCUCAUGGAUUAUCUUUGUCUAGGUUCCCUGCUUCUGAUGAAGCUCCUGAUGUGGUUUCUGCAUCAGUUUCUCCUCAAAAAGGUGCAGGAGUCAAAGCAGUUGAAGUGGAUCAGCAUGCUAAUGCCAAUGAGAUUGACAUUAGGAAGCAACAGUUGGGCUCAGAGGCAGAUGCGCCUGUCUCAGGAAAAUCUGUUCAUGAACUUGAGAAGCUAAAGAUGGAAAUGAAAAUGAUGGAAACUGCAUUGCAGGGUGCUGCAAGGCAAGCUCAGGCAAAAGCAGAUGAAAUUGCUAAGAUGAUGAAUGAAAAUGAGCACCUAAAAGCUGUGAUUGAGAACUUGAAGAGGAAAUCAAAUGAUGCUGAAAUUGAGACUUUACGGGAAGAAUACCAUCAAAGGGUUGGAACUCUUGAAAGAAGGGUUUAUGCUCUUACUAAGGAAAGGGACACACUUCGGAGAGAGCAGAACAAAAAAAAUGAUGCAGCUGCUCUUUUGAAGGAAAAAGAUGAAAUAAUUAAUCAAGUUAUGGCUGAAGGUGCAGAGCUUUCAAAAAAGCAGGCUGCUCAAGAAGCUCAGAUUAGGAAAUUGAGGGCCCAGAUUAGAGAGUUUGAAGAAGAGAAGAAAGGUUUGGUUACCAAGCUUCAGGUUGAAGAGAACAAAGUAGAGAGCAUUAAAAUGGAUAAGACAGCAACGGAGAAGUUGCUGCAAGAAACAAUUGAGAAACACCAAGUAGAACUUGCAACACAAAAGGACUACUACACAAAUGCUUUGAAUGCAGCCAAGGAGGCCGAAGAAUUAGCAGAGGCACGGGCCAACAAUGAAGCUAGAACUGAAUUAGAGAGCCGUCUAAGAGUGGCAGAGGAACGUGAAGCUAUGCUUGUUCAGGCACUGGAAGAAUUAAGGCAGGCAUUAAGCAGAACGGAGCAACAGGCAGGUUUUAGGGAAGACAUGCUUCGCAAAGACAUUGAAGAUCUUCAAAAGUGUUAUCAGGCUAGUGAAUGGCGGUGUGAGGAGUUGAUCACACAAGUGCCUGAAUCAACAAGACCUCUUUUAAGGCAGAUCGAAGCCAUACAGGAUACAACUGCAAGAAGAGCAGAAGCUUGGGCUGCUGUUGAGAGGUCUCUUAACUCUCGGCUACAGGAAGCUGAGGCCAAAGCUGCAGCUGCAGAAGAAAAAGAGCGAUCUGUCAAUGAACGCUUAUCACAAACCUUAUCUAGAAUAAACGUUCUUGAAGCUCAGAUUUCUUGCCUAAGAGCAGAACAGAACCAGUUAAGUAAGUCCCUUGACAAAGAGAGACAGAGAGCUGCUGAGAAUAGACAAGAGUUCCUUGCAGCAAAGGAGGAAGCUGACACUCAGGCAGGCCAUGCAAACCAGCUUGAAGAAGAAAUUAAAGAACUAAGGCGGAGACAUAAGCAAGAGUUACAAGAUGCACUUAUGCAGCAGGAACUUUUGCAGCAGGAAAUAGACAGGGAGAAGGCUACUCGGCUGGACUUGGAAAGGAGAGCAUCAGUUCACUCUACUUCUGUACCUGAUCAAACUCCCUCAUCAAGGCACAAUUUUGCUUUUGAGAAUGGAAGCUUGUCUCGGAAACUGUCAAAUGCUAGCAGCCUAGGCAGCAUGGAAGAAAGCCAUUUUCUGCAGGCUUCUUUGGACUCAUCUAAUAAUUUAUCUGAAAAGAAAAAUCCUGCAGAAGCAACCAUAAGCCCAUACUUUAUGAAGAGCGUGACACCUAGUGCUUUUGAAUUUAGUCUUCGUCAGAAAGAGGGAGAACUUGCAUCAUAUAUGUCUCGUUUGGCAUCAAUGGAGUCUAUUCGAGACUCUCUUGCUGAAGAGUUGGCCAAAAUGACCGGACAGUGUGAAAAGUUGCAAGCAGAAGCUUCCAUGUUGCCUGGCAUACGGGCAGAAUUAGAUGCACUAAGACGGAGGCACACUGCUGCUCUGGAGCUAAUGGGUGAGCGUGAUGAGGAGCUGGAGGAACUCCACGCAGAUAUUAUAGACUUGAAAGAAAUGUACAGAGAGCAAGUAAACUUGCUUGUGAGUAAGAUCCAAGUAAUGAGCUCAUCAAUGGGUAAUGCGUGAUAAGUCAAUAUUACAGUAUUAGAUACCAGAUUUUUUUUUAUUGAUGUUCUCAAUAUAGUUCAUAGUCCACCCAGUAAAUGCCAUUCGUGAUUGUACAAAAAAAUUCCCCUAUAUUCGUUCACAUUGGAGCUGUCUUAUGUGCAAUUUUUCGCCGGCAGAUUUUAUUCAGAGAACAUGCCUCGAGAAAAGCUUGAAAAAAUUAUAAUUUUUUUUUAUGAUUGAUUUCGUCUUCAUAAAUAAUAGUGAUUUGCAAAUUUUGUGAAAA